AUGGCCGGGUAUCCCACACCGCUCCUCCUGCUCGGUCUGGGGCUCUGCUGCCCUGGGAUCUGGGGCCAGAGGUACACGAUGACAGCCAGGUUUCACGGCAGCAACAUCACGCACCUCCAGGUGGGACAGCGGCUGGAGCUGGAGUGUGUGUCCAGCAAGGAGGACAGCGGCAUAUUCUGGGUCCGCCAGGACAAGGAUGGGACCCUUCACUUCAUUGUCUUCAUCUCUUCCCUGUCCCGGGCCACCUUCGAAGGGAAUGAGAAGACAUCCACACGCUUCGAGGCGAGGAAACACAGCAGGUUCUACCGGCUGGUAGUGAAGUCCUUCACGCUGCAGGAUGAGGGGAACUAUUUCUGCCUCAUGAACAGCAACCAAGUGCUGUACUUCAGCCUCGGCCAGCCUGCCUUCUUCCCAGUCACCACCACAGCAGCACCCACCACCCAGUGUGGCAUCACCGAAAAGGACCCCUGCCUGAAGACCCUGGAUGCAGAGACCACCACGGAGAAAGAGCUGAAUUUUUUAUGUGACAUCUUCAUCUGGGUUCCCUUGGCAGGUGCCUGCCUCCUGCUCCUCAUCGCCCUGUCCGUCACCAUCAUGCUGUGUCAACAAACCAGGAGACGAAGAUGCAGAUGUAAAAGAUCUGCAAAUGGGAAGCCCAAUGUGAAACCCAGCAUCCCAGGCCAACACGUAUAA